UGGCUAAAACUACUCCCCCGCUGAACUUUCCUCUCUUGCUAUUGGCUUUGCGUUGGUGUCAGUCAACAUGCUUCCUGCUUCACGGUGCGGAGUGUUGUUGAAGCGGAGUUGCUUUAAAUGUGAGGGGAAAUAUUGAGGGUAGGCGUCGAUGAAGUUGGAAAAUUAUGGUUUAAUUCUCAUUUAAACCGGCUACAUAUUAGGACACUUAAAAGAUGUCAGGGGCUCAUGAGCAGAAUAGGAAACGCCGCCCCCCCAAAAUGUUCUUGAUCUCGGCCGACGUCAAGGUGCAGGACCAGCUGGAAGGUACCAUUCGGCUGCAGCGGGGGUUCAUCUGCCAGGAGCAGGAUUUGAGCAAGAGCAGAGGGGAUUACCUUUGGGUCAAGGUGUUAGACAAUGGUACCAUGGUCAAAUUAGAAAGGAAGUUCUUGCAAGAAGUCCCGAGUGACCUCAGCGGCCUGUUGGAGCCAGUAUCUGAUCUGGAUGCUCGCCUAAAGCUUCUAACCAACCCCAGGAAGCUGCAGCAGUUGGCGUCUUUGCCCCUCGAUACCCCGCUGUGGGUCCACAUGGGCCAACAGGGCGAGCUGGCAGAGGCGGAGCUUAAAUACAUUGGUCCACUGACCAGAGGGAGCAGCCCGGUGUAUUUUGGGGUACAACUCAAGGGUUCAGCGGCGGGUAAAGGAGUGAGCAACGGCUCCUAUAAGGGUCAGCGGCUCUUCACCUGCCCCGAAGCCUGUGCCCUCUUCCUCCCGGUCAGUGACAUCAGUUAUCGCCACUGGUCUAGAAAUGGCUCUGAUCCACAGGAGCGACCCCGCGAGCGAGAGCACCAGCGCAUCAGUAAUAAUCACCCCAGCAAUGGGCACCAUAGCAACAACAGCCGCCCAAAUUAUCAUCAGCAGCAGCAGCAGCAGCAUAGUCGUCACAUUAGUUUCCACCAGCAUCGUCCCAGCAGCCCUCCUCAGCCGCAGGCUUAUGGCAUCCUCUCUCGAACAGCUGAGUCGGCGCCCAUCACUGCUCAAAACCAGACCCAGGUCCGAGGCCCUGCGUCACCCCCGCCAUUCCAUGUUGGCCAGCGGGUGUGUUUCCCCCUGGACGACAUAGUCUAUAGCGGGGAGGCGCGCUUCUGUGAUCUCCUGCCUGGCCGGCCCUCGACAGGGAUGUACGUCGGCAUUCUGCUGGACGAUCCUGUUGGUAACUGGGACGGGCAUUACAAGGAAGAGAAGCUCUGCCACAUUCCUUCCCAACCCUAUGGAUUACUACUGCCAAUCACCAAGGUUUCCUCAGAGCCAAAAUCUCACCGUCUUUCUCACCAAAUGCCAAAGUCCAUCCUGAAGCCAGCACCACCCCCCGUCACUAAAUCAGGCCCCACAUCACCAUCCGCCCUUACUCCCAAGGUCGCCUUGCUGCCCCCGAGCAGACCAGCACUUAAACCCCCUCCACUGCCGCCACCGAAACCCACCCAGAAACCCCUGCAUGCUCCCCCUCUCCCGCCUCUAAAACCCCGCAGUCCGACAUCGCCCACUGCUGCAGAGCAACUGCAAAACACCAACGGCGUACACGGCCCCCUCUCCCCGCUGAGGUCUCCAGACAACCCCAGAGCCGCUGGGGAGAAUGGAGAGGCGGGACUGGAGGGUGAGCUGGAGGUGGGCUCCAUGGUUGAGGUGAACGACCCUCCCCUCUUUGGAGUUAUUUGCUGGAUUGGACGGAUCAGCGGGAUUCCUGAACCAGUGGCAGGAAUAGAGCUGGAUCAGGAGCUGUCUGCAGGAACAGACGGCAGUUACCUCGGUGAACGUCACUUCCGUUGUCCGGCCAACAAGGGGCUGUUUGUCAAGCUUCGCAACUGUAGGAGGGACUCCAGGUUCCCCGCACCUGAGACGCCUGUCAAUCAAGUGGAGCGGUGCAACUCUAUAGCCUUUGCAGAGUGGGGCAGUGAGCGUGUGGAGGAGCACACCCCUCCUGUGGACGGAGACGAGGCCAGAGAGCUCUACCACGGCUGGAAGAGAGGCAUCCAGGGUCACCUCAACUCCUGCUACCUGGACGCUACGCUGUUCAGUCUGUUCUCCUGCUGCAGUUCAGCAGACUGGGUGUUGUUUUGGCCGUCCGACCCAGACACUGACCAAAACUCCAGCCAGGCUCAAGACCUGCUGCGCUGCGAGAUAGUCAACCCCCUUCGAAGGUAUGGCUACGUGUGCGCCAGUAAGACCAUGGCCCUGAGACGACUGCUGGAGGCUGCCAACAGCGACAUGGGCUUCACCAACCAGGAGAAAGAUCCUGAAGAGUUCCUCAACAAGCUUUUCCAGCUCCUCAGAGUCGAGCCGCUCCUCAAGAUCAGAUCAAUGACUCAGGAGCCUCAAGAGUGUCACCUCUACCAGCUCUUCCCACCUACCCUCGCUCCCUCACCCUACUCGCCCUUACCCCAAUCACCACUUGACUCCCCCAUCCCCCUUUCCUCCCCAUCGUCCAAUCGGAUGAGAGUCGCCAGCGUCCAGGCCCUGCUGGAGUCCUCCUUCCUCCACGCUGGCCUCAAGUUUGUCGAGGCUCCCUCCUGCCUCUUGCUGCUCAUGCCCAGGUUUGGGAAGGACUUCAAAAUGUUUGACGCCAUCUUGCCGACGCUCAGCCUGGACAUCACAGACCUGCUGGACGACACUCUGAGGCAGUGCAGCAUCUGUCAGGCUGUGGCUGAGUGGGAGUGUCUGCAGUGUUAUGAAGAUCUAGACAUCAUGCCCGGUCGUCUCAAACAGUACUGCCCCACCUGCAACACACAGGUCCACAGUCACAGGAAGCGGACGUCCCACAGCCCGGUGAAGGUUCGUAUUCCCAAGGGACCGUGGACCGGCCCUCUGCACUGCACUCGCCAGCGAAUGUCUCUCUUUGCUGUGACCUGCAUCGAGACCAGCCAUUACGUGAGCUUCAUCAAGCACGGCCCCCUCCCCACCGACUGGCUGUUUUUUGACAGUAUGGCAGACCGGGAAGGUGGCGAGAACGGCUUCAACGUGCCCCGGGUGAAUGCGUGUCCUGAGGUGGGUCGCUACCUCAGCCUAUCGGAGGAGGAGCUGAGCAGAGUGGACGCCGCCUCUUUACAGGAGCCCGCCCGCCGCCUGCUCUGUGACUCCUACAUGUGUCUGUACCACAGCCCCGAGCUCAGCCUGUACAAGUGAUAUGGACGGUCAACACAGACACACACAGAUCCGACAUGCUGUACAGCUGAUUCAGACACGUGGUCCUCAGGUUCUUCGUCUUAUAUCACUGUAGGAAGAAAACAUUGCACUCACAAAAUAUUAACUAUUUUUUCUUGAGAUUAACAAAAACCACUCUUGUUUUCUACUUUUUUAUUCAGUAAAAUAGGAAAUGUUCAAAUGUUCAAACACAAUAAUCUCUUAGUAUUUUUCUGGUGUUGUACAAAAAGAGCAAAUACAUGUCAUUUGUGGUUUUCAGGAUAGGGAGUCGUAACUUGUGAAACUGAAUGCAAAUAAUUAUUUAUUAAGCACAAGACAGAAUGUUUUUUCAUUUAGAUUGGUUAGAAGAGUCUUUGAGGACUCUGGUAAUAUAUGAAAAAUGAAAAUAGUGCUAAAAUACUGCCUCAGAAUUACAUAUAAAAUCUUCAGACAAAAUAAAAGUGUGACAGUCAUCCAAAUUGACUUGAGAACAGCAGUAUGACCCACAUCAUCUAAUGUGCUGAAUGAACAAAUUGCCUGUAGUGUAUUGUUGGUUAAGGAGCUUUGUACACUCAUGAACUUGGUGGUAAAUCAGUCUGAUGGGUGUCAGUAUUGAUCUUUAUAGCUGAGUUUACCUGUGCCUUAAUAAUGCUCACACACCAUACAGAACCACUGUGCCUGUAACCUAUAACACACAGACACUUUACACUUCAAUUUGCACUGCUUCAUUUACAUGUCAGCGUCUGUAUAUAAUAGCAUUGCCUUAAACUGACUGUAAAGAUUGCACCCAGAUGUUUAAACUUUUGAAUUGUUUAUGGGUUGUUUAAUGUAAAACAGCUGUAAACAAUGAGGAUAAUGUCCCAGAUAAUAAAAUAUUUCAUACUCUU